CACCAUUCGAUUCACUUUGCGACGCUGAUCCCAAAUAUGAUAUUUUUAUUGCGUAGAAGUUGAGUUCGGAUGAAUAAAAUUGAGAAUUACGGGCAAAAUUCCGAUUUUUUUGCUCCUGAUUUAGAAAAAAACGACGAAAUUUUUUUCUUGUACAUACAUAUCGAAGUACUUGAGUGGCAACAGAUGCAGGAUUUUGUUUCGAGAAUGAUUCUUAAUCGUAUGGCAUUAAACACAGAUCGAAACCAUGUGUACUAUAAUGAAAUACACAUAUUAACAUUUGUUAUUUCAAAUGUGUUUUUUUUAUGUAUAUAAACCAUCUACUCACUGGAAGAAUGCUGACUGAAAAAAACAAUGAAACCAAUUUUCUUCGCAUUCUUUCUUAGUACAUGUAUCAGUGAAAUAUAUUGUCGCUAUGAUGGCAAACAUCAUCACAGUAAUCCGAAAUCUAAGAAUCCAACAUCACCGCCAUCUUCCCCGCUUAUAAGUGGUUCAUCCAGCAAUUGGACAUUUGAUUUUGUUCGAGGAAACGUUGGUGUUUUGAACGUUCCAAACAGUCGAAUUGUUAAGGCAAAUCAUCAAACAUUUCCAGUAUUAGAUGGUCGUAAUUUGGUUGUGGUAUAUGAAUAUUAUGAUCCAUGCCAACUAAUUGUACUACAUUCGCAUCCAUUUGGUGAUGAAUUCUUUUAUGCUGUGAAGGGUGAAAGAAUGAGAGUAGCAUUUGUUGAUGUUACAAGUGGAAAAUUGAUCGUAAGUGAGAUUCGAGAAGGUCAAGCUACACUCAUUCCACGUGGUUCUAUUCAUUAUCAACAAAAUUUAGACUGUAAACCGGCCGUGAUUCUAUCGUCGUUCAAUAGUGGGAAUCCGGGUGCGAUACUGACAUUUCAAAGUUCAUUUUCAAAUAUACCCUAUGAUGUAAUCAAAGAAAGUUUAGGAGGAGGGAAAAUGGUGAAUGAAGAAUUAAUUGAACACAUCAAAGCAAAAGUACCGAAUGCAAUAGCAGUAGUAAACGCUGAAUGUAGAAAACGUUGCGGACUCGAUAAACCAAUGGACCAUAAAAGAUAUGAGUAA